UGCGGUUCCCGCCGGAUCCCCCUCGCGCCGGGUGCGGGGCGAUGCCCGGACCCGGGUGCCCCCAGUGGACAUGGAAGAGGCCCCUCUGCUGGGCGGCAUGUGCAGCCCCGAGGACGAGAUGGUGACAGACCUUUUCAGCGCCGAGAGUCAGUUUGUUCCUGAAAACCUUCCCCUGAAAACCCCGGUGGCGGUGAAGCACGAGGCAGACGAGUUCCACGUCUUCAAAGACGCGUACCUGGGCUCCGCGGACCCCAAAGAGCCCCUGCUGCACGCCUUCAACGCCCCGCUCGACGGGGACUGCAAGGGCAAAGUCAAAGUGGAGCUGCUGGUGGAUGAGAACGGAGAUGAGGAAACGCGCGGGGAGUUCCCGAGUCUUCCCAAGCUCAAUCCCCUGGAAGACGCCGUUCUUCCCGCCGCCCAGCAGCCGCAAGCCUACAACCUCUACUUCCUGUCCUCCCUGCUGACCCCGCACAGGAGUCCUGCCGUCGGGCCCCUGGGCACGUGGGCCAGGGAAGGAGCCGCCCACCCCGGCGUCCGCGUGAUUCCAGUUGAAAUCAAGGAAGCAGGUGGUACUAUCGCAAGUAACAAUCUGGAGGAAGCAACUUUUCAGAGCCUUCCGGCCCAGGAGUCCUGUUGCAAGUUCCCAACAGCACAAGAAGCAGAGGAUGCCUCUGGCUGCUCUCAUAAGAAAGACUCUAACCCAAUGCUUGAUAAUGGAGCCUUACCAUCCGUAGUCAACGGGUCUGCUUUCCCUUUGGGAUCAACUCCUCCAGGACCACCAAAAAUGACUUCGGCUAGGUACUGUGAUUGCUUUGCAAGCGGGGACUUUUGCAACAAGUGCAAUUGUAAUAAUUGUUGCAACAAUUUACAUCAUGACAUGGAACGAUUUGAGGCCAUUAAGGUAACAAAUUUCCAUUAAAUACACACAUUCUGAAAGCAUUUAAAAGUGCAGGGGAUAUUCACCAAACGAUCUCCUCAGAUUUCUAAUUUCAGUAUUGGGAAAACCCUAAGUGUUGAAGAGUAUACAUUAAGUAGGACUCUAUGCCUGAAGGUGGCGGUAUUGACCAUGACCAGGGGCUGUUGUGAGAGUGGCGGCUGGAGAAAGACCUUUAUUCUCCACCAGCAUGG